AUGACGACAGACGAAUUACUAUCAGACACUGGUGUGGAUCCGGAACGCCUACAUCCCCUAUCCCUUCUGCGCCACUCGCACACUUCUCUGCGCACACUCCAUCUGUUCGCAUGGCCUGGAAAUCUUGCACCCCGAUCCACCUCCCUGCCAGUGUACAGCGGGCUCUCCACGCUCAUCUUCCAUCCCGACAUUAUAAGCCUCCCAGUGAUCACCGCACAAGACAUCGCCAUCUGGACGCACGCUUUCCCCGCCUUAGAGCGACUCGAACUCAGAUACGGACAUGGGCGCAUCUUCCUCCGCGGAAUGUCAUCGCUCACCGUACCGGCAAUCGGAUCGCGUUUGGAGGACUGGGAUCUGACUCUCGAGAAGGCACGAGGGGGUCAUCAAUGGCACAGGUUGAAGAGCUUCAAGGGGCAUGACGGCGACAUCCAUCUGCUCGGUCCCACGAGCCGCCUGCUCGACCUCUCCCUCGUGGUCUCGCGCUACCUCAUCAGCUUCCUCCCUGCCAUCCUCGCCAAGAACCGGCCACUAUCAUGCUCGCUACAAUUUCAGGCUCGAGUUGAUUUUCUCGAUAUCGCGACUCUGCUACACCUCCCGGCAUUGGACGACGUGCGCUCGCUGGACCUGCUCUUCCCCGUGUUUUCGUGGCCAAGUACUCCGACGAAUAACCUCGCACCGGAAUUCUACGCAUUCCUCGACUCCGUUUUGGAUGCCUUGAAAGCACGCACUGUCGAAGACCUCACCCUCAGAAUGUUCCAAUUACGUUGUGCACCUCCCCCGACCACACGCGUUCUCAUCACGACCCCUCCCGCUCCCUUCGAUCACGAGAAGUGUGAGCCGCUUUGCAUUGCGCCGCAUCUCUAUAAAGACGAUCCACAUCUCGCCGAAAGCCUUUGUCGCAAAACCUUCGCCGGCGUUCCUUCCCUGCGUCGGGUCACCGUCGCUUUGGAGUGGCACCCGUUCGCGCGCAUGCGCCGGCGUCCCGUAGACGGCGAACUUGAACGAAUCGACGGCGACGGCCCACCGCCUCCUGUAUCUGCACCUGUCGCUUGA